GUGUAGGUUUAACUACUUUUUUAAUAACCCUUAUCAACUUUUCGCAUUCUUUACAGGUUUCCCCAUUUCUAUGUUUUUAUUUAUAUUCAUGUGGACUGUCUAAUCUGUGAAGCGUACACAAUACACAAGCGAUGUGUGUUAAACAUUUGGAAUAGGCUGAUGCUUAAAUAAAUAUCAAGGUAAAUAAUGGCUGUUCCUGGUAAAAAGGCAUCUCAAAAUUUCUCAUCUACACUAUCUCGAGGUGGUGCUGAAGAUUUUGACAUUUAUUGUCAAAUAUGUGAUAGAGAUGAUAUCAGACUUCCUGCCUUUGGUUACUGCGUAGAUUGUGAGGAACAUCUAUGUCAAUCUUGCUUCAACACUCACAGACGACCAAAACCACUACGCCAUCACCAACUUUUAGAUAAAGAUCACAUGCCACACAAACAAAAACUGAAAUCUACUUCAAGUCCACAGACAAGUGAUCUUACGAAGCCUUGUACUAAACACACCAAAGAAAUGAUCAAAUUCUACUGUCAUGACCAUAAUACACUUAUAUGUAGUGUAUGUGUGACACUUGAACACUCACCAACAUCCUGCCAUGUGGACUACAUACCAGAUAUAUCAGCACAGAUUAUAGACAGCAUCGAGUUCAAGGAAACUUUGAAAGAUAUUAAUAAAUUGACAGAUAAAUGCUCCCAGAUAACAAGUGACCUGAAACAAAAAGUUGCUAAAUCAACAACUUCUCUGAAAGAUGCUAUAGCAGAAAUUGAAAACUUCAGAAAAGAGAUAAACAAGAGAUUAGAUGAACUAGAAAAGGAGGUUAAAGAUACUGCUACAGCAAUCCAACAUGACAACAACGAAAAGUUGAAAACAACAGAAACAGCAUGUGGUGACAUCAACAAAUCACUUCAAGCAUCAGCUUAUACUCUGAAACAUCUCAAUUCAAACAAGAAAACUGACCAACUGUUUACUGAACUUAAGAUAGCUCAGCAAAUGAUUCAGGAUAAUAACAAUAUGAUAUCACAACUUACAACAAUCAAUGGCAUUGAUGACUACAAAUUUGAACCAAAUCAAGACAUCAAAAAAAUCCUUCAGAAUGAGAAAACUUUAGGAACAUUUAGCUCUAAAAAGCUUAAGCACCCAGCUGAACCAAAGAAUCAAGGUGCAGUAGCAGCGAAAAUGUCUACCCCUAGAACCAUUAAUGUUAAAACAUCGUUAGAUAAAGAGGAUUGCUGGAUUACUAGUAUUGCUGUUUCUCCUCAAAAUCAAUUGUUUGCUAUAGAUUUCAGCAAUGAAUUUAUAAAAAAGAUAGAUAUGAAAAGUGAACAUAUCAAAAGCCUAAAGGUUGGACCAGGACCGACAGAUCUUACAAUAAUCACAGCAGAUACAAUUGCUGUUACAUUUCCAGAAUUUAAAACAAUAAAGUUUUUUUCACUUUCAUCAGACUCACAUCCACUGAAGAACAAACUGAAGGUAGCUGGACAGUGUUAUGGUAUCAGUCAUCAUCAGGGAAAACUGGCAGUAACAUUUGAAAAACCUGGUAAACUACAAAUCAUGGAUCUGGAAGGUAAUACUGAAAUUACAGUUCAAAAAGAUUCUAAUGGUGACAACAUUUUCAGUCAACCUUGGUAUGUCACAACAAACAACCAUUCAAUCUAUGUAUCUGACUGUAGCAAUGAUGUAGUUCUACGAUUUAACUGGAAGGGAGAGAUGAUUGGAUUAGUAGGAAUUGAAGGAUCAACUGGUAUAACUCUGUUAGAUGAUGGUUCUCUCUUAGUGAAUGAUAGAAAUAAUAAGUGUAUACAUAGAGUAAGUGGUGACUGUAAAGACAGUAAAACUGUACUGGAGGAUUUAGAUCAUUCACAAGCUUUAUGUUGGUGUGCAGAAACCAGUACACUUUGUGUUAGUAGAUUUAACAAGCAAAGUGAUGAUAAUUAUAUCAAAUUGUAUAAAAUGAUGUAAAAGACAUGGCAAAACAUGGCAUGUCACUAACAAUGCGAUAAACACAUCAGAAAGGCAUCAUUCAUUGUUCAUUGAUAGGAAUUAUUGUAGCAUUAUGAUAUCACAUUUAACUUUUGUUUUGUUGAUUUAUGGAUGCACAGAGUAACAGAUUUUUGUUUACAAAAUAAGUAAUAUGUUUUAUAACUAUUUUGAAAUUGUGAAAAAUUAUAGCAGAAAACAAUUAUGUAUAAUGCAGAAUAUAUAUUGAUUGACACUAAAAUGCUCAAAAUACAGAACACUUUAAAUGUUGACCUAAUACAAAUGUUUCUGAACCUUUCCAGACAAAACGUUUUUUGUUGUUUUUUUGUUUUGUUUUUAACAGAAAAUAUGAAGGUAAAAAUAUGCUUCAGUGAUCAAUUUGUAGAAUUUUAUGUGAUAUAAAGAAAUGAUUUUAUUUUCUAUUGAGGUUUUGAUACACAAAAGUAAAAUUAUAACAAAUAUUAAGAUGUAACAUUAAUAUUGUGAUUUUGUAUGCAAAAAAAUGUAUCAAUUUUGCACACAAAAAGACAGAAGAAAGAGAAAAAAUGAAAAUGGGUUUGCAGUAUAUGUUAUAUUUUUCACUAUGCACUGCCAAUAGUCAACAUGUAUUUUAUAUUUGUCAAUCCCUUGAAUUGUUUGCUUCUUAGAAGAAAAACUGAUGAUAAGAAACAAUGGGACAGUAUGAUAUAAAAGAUAUGGGUUUUUGAUGCUUUGUAAAUUGUAUGCCAUGCAUCGCUAAAUUUAACAAUUUUAAAAGAAAUUUAAGUAUUGUGACUCUAAUCAUUUUUUUUUCAUGUGAAAUAAGAUUCAGCAUUUCUAAAAUUGUCAUUAAAAAUCAUUUUAAAGCAUAAUGCUAUAACCAGACCUCAAGGUAAUGAUAAUAUUUAAACAAAAAACAUUUUCUAUAAAAAUGUUUUUAGUUUUCAUAUUUUUAAUGCAGACAUUUUUUUAAGGCUUAGCAUGUUUUCUGAUAAAAUAAAAAUAAAAAUAAUAAUUAAAAUAAAUAUAUUAAAGAAUGCAAAAACAGGUGUUUUUCAAAAAUGUGCAUAAAAACAUCAAUGUUGAUGACACUUCUUAUUCAUAAUCUGUUUUUUGCAAACGUUCUAUAAUUCUAGAAAUUUGGAUAACCAAUAAUUGGAUGUUCUACACAUCAAAAUGAGUAAACAGAAUUUCAGGAAAUCAAACCUUAGUAAAAGUAAAUUCAGAGGUUUAGAAUUGUAUAAAUGUUCAUACUUCAUAUAUAACUAUACAAUGAAUUAAAGAUAUACUAUGCUCAUCCAUGAGUAAAAUAUUUUAAUCACAGAAAUUUAUUGAAAUCCAUGAAAUUCUAACUGAAUAUGUCUAAUAUGAAUAUAAGAAUGAAUAAACUAGGUAUAGGAAGCUGUGGUCCCUAUUACAUGUCAAGUAAAGUUGGACGUAUUUUCUUUAAAAAAAUGCCAAUUUUUUUUAAUGACACUAUAUUAUCAUAUUGUGACAACCUAUAGUGUGGAGGAUGUUAACAUAACAUAUCUACUUUGUGUAAAGUCAAAACAUGUUUAUUUAAUAUUCACAAAAGCAUUGUCAAUAUUUUCAUAUAUCAAAUUUGAGUAUAGUAUAUCUUUAAGCAAAAAUUUACUGAAUUUAUUAUUUACUAUUUUCAUCACCACAUUUUGGGGGAAAAUUGCAUAUUUGACUGAUAUAAGGUAAUAAUAUGUGAGGAAUAUAAGUGCAUUAUGAUAGCUGUAAUGAUUUUAUCUGUUCAUUUGACAACAACUUUCCUGUAUAUCGUAUGAGAGCCCAAACUGUUUUGAUUAAAACUAUAAUAGCCUGUUGGUGGCAACUGCUUAUAUCCAUGCAACCAGUGCAGACCAAGAUUAGCCAGUCAGUUAAGCUAACUGUGCCAUCUGAUCAUGGUCUGCACUGUUUACUAUUUAGGCAGAUGUAAUUUCAAAAGAUCCCUAUAAUGAUAAAUGGUGUUGUCCAGACUGAAAGAUGGAAAAGUCCAUUUAAGAUAUUCAGUGUGAUAAGGGUUAAUAGAAAAAUCCCUUUGACAAGUUUAAGACAAUAUUUUUGUUGUAUAUAGAAUAAUUGCAUUAAACAUUU